GAGUUACCAAUCCUCUCUUCUCUUUGUCGAAUCGUAGUCUAGCCCUGGACGAAGAAGCCAUCACGGCAACGAUAGAGAAGAUGAUUAGAAUUGUGGGGAGAAGGUUCUCUUCUCUCUCUUGGCGAUUUGCCCAGUCGUCAUCGCCCUUAAUUGCCAGGAAUCCAAUUAAUGGUUCUGAUGCAUCCUCUUCUGAUGGUCGAAGAUCCAUCUGGUCUCCUCCGAUAUUUCCCGACAGCUUUAUGGUCCACAGUCGGAGGUCACAUAGAAAGAAGAUGAUUAGACUUGUGGGAAGAAGGUUCUCUUCUCUCUCAUGGCGAUCUGCCCAGUCGUCAUCGCCCUUCAUCGCCAGGAAUCCAAUUAAUGGUUCCGAUGGUCCCAGAUCCACCUGGUCUCCUCCGGUAUUUCCCGGCAGCUCUAUGCUCCUCGUUCAAGUUAGAGGGUUUGCAUCCUCUGAUUCGGCUGUUUCUGACAUAACAGCGUCUGAUCUCCCACCAACUAGCGUAGCAGCAAUAAUUAGAAACCCGAUCUCAAACAUCACCUACGACGAUCACAAUCAUGAACGUUACCCAGCUGGUGACCCAAGCAAGAAAGCGUUUACCUACUUCGUCUUAACUGGCGGUAGGUUCGUGUAUGCUUCCUUAAUCCGCCUGCUUGUCCUGAAAUUUGUCAUCAGCAUGUCAGCUAGUAAAGACGUGCUUGCCCUCGCAUCCCUUGAGGUUGACCUUUCAAGCAUUGAACCCGGAACGACUGUCACAGUCAAGUGGCGUGGGAAGCCCGUUUUCAUCAGGCGUAGGACCGAGGACGACAUCAAGUUGGCCAACAGUGUCGAUAUCUCCUCUCUGCGAGACCCACAGGAUGAUUCCGCUAGGGUUAAGAAUCCGGAAUGGCUUGUGGUGGUUGGGGUUUGUACUCAUCUGGGUUGUAUACCCUUGCCCAAUGCAGGUGAUUAUGGGGGUUGGUUUUGCCCUUGCCAUGGCUCCCAUUAUGAUAUAUCGGGGAGAAUCCGAAAAGGUCCUGCUCCUUAUAAUCUGGAGGUGCCCACUUACUCCUUUUUAGAGGAGCACAAACUGCUUGUUGGGUAGAAUGAUUAUUAACAAGCUAGCGGUUUUCGCAAAUGGUGUUAAUAAUGAUUAUUAACAAUUUCUUUGUCCUUCAUUCAUGUUUCUUACCAGCGGCUACUUAUAGUGCUUGGUUGCUUGCUUAAUGUGGAUGCAACAUAUUAUUAUUA